AUGUCAAAUCAAGCAGCGUGGAUCCCAGAAGCGAAGGGCCAGCUUCAGGUCAAGGAAGCUCCCAUGCCAAAGGCGGGCAAGGGCGAGGUUGUGAUUAAGAACCACGCAGUUGCUGUCAACCCCGUGGAUUGGAAAAUCCAGGACUAUGGAAUCUUCCUGCAAAAGUACCCCAACAUCUGUGGUACUGACGUCGCUGGCGAGGUUCACGAAGUCGGUGAGGGUGUUACACAUGUCCAGAAAGGCGACCGCGUACUAGGACAUGCAUUUUCCCUCGUUACCAACGACCCUGCGCACGGCGGAUUUCAGCUCUACACUGCCUGCAACGCACUCGUCGUAUCCAAGAUUCCAUCUGACAUGAGCUUCGCGUCAGGCUCAGUCCUGCCUCUUGCCAUUUCAACUGCAGCCGCCUGUCUCUAUAAGAAGGAGACGCUCGGGCUGCCGCUGCCAUCCUCCAAUCCCUCAUCUACAGGCAAAUCAGUAUUGGUAUGGGGCGGCUCGAGCAGCGUGGGUGCGACGGCGAUUCAGUUAGCGGCUGCAUCUGGCGUGAAGGUUGUCAGUGUGGCAAGCAAGCACAACCUGGAGAAACUCAAGGGCCUUGGCGCAACAGCGGCCUUUGACUACAAGGACCCCAAGGUUGCCCACGACAUCAUGGCCGCUCUCCAAGGCACAGAAUUCGCGGGUAUUUGCGACGCCAUCGGUACGCCAGAUGCCGCGGCUGCCUGGACACCAGUAUACGAGAAGCUCGGUGGACGCUACGGCUCCGUCUUGCCCGAUGCGGAGGGUCUCCCCAAGGGCAUCGAGGGCGCCAGUGUCUUCGCUCCAACUGUAGCGCUGGCUGACAAGUACAUUGGCGAUGUUGUCUGGGCGCAGUGGGUACCAGAGGCGCUAGAGAAGGGCACGCUGAAGGCUGUUCCAGAACCACUGGUGGUUGGAAAGGGACUGGAUGCGGUAGCGGAGGGCUACAAGAAGCAGAAGGAGGGUGUCAGCUUCCGCAAAGUCGUCAUCGAAUUGUAA